GUGGUUCUGGACCGGAUGGCCAGGAACUCGCCUUCCCGGCAACCUGUGCAGCAGGGCGGGGCGCCUCGGCCGGUUUGGCAGGGCGGGGCGCCUAGCGAAGAUGGUGGUGCGCGCGGCGUGUGGCUCCCGUCGCCUGCCUCUGCCCACUUUGUCAGCCACACCCGCAGGACAGAGAAGGAAGCUGGCCCCUCCCCAGCCCCUGGCCCUUUCUUGGACUGGACUAGAAAGUUGGUGGGAGGCCUGGGGGAGAACCGAGGAGCGGGGAGCGAUGGGGAGUCGGGGACGGAGGCCUCGGUGGACCUGGCCCUAGACGGUGCUCAGAGCAGCGCCCAGGCUGACUCGGGUUCCAGUGAGGACGAGGCGGCCAGUGAGGCCCGCAGCACCACCAGCGACUGCCCCAGCCUUCUCAGCACCGCGGCGGAGGACAUCCUGGGGGGGGAUGCCGUGGACGAGCAGAGCCAGCAGGAGGACCUUGAGGAGAAGCUGAAGGAGUAUGUGGACUGCCUCACAGAUAAGAGUGCCAAGACCCGGCAAGGUGCUCUUGAGAACUUGCGCCUGGCCCUGGCGACCCGCCUGCUCCCCGACUUCCUGCUGGAGCGCAGCCUCACACUGGCCGAUGCCUUGGAAAAGUGCCUCAAGAAAGGGAAGGGCGAGGAGCAGGCGCUGGCCGCCGCCCUGCUGGGCCUGCUCUGCGUGCAGCUGGGUCCGGGGCCCAAGAGCGAGGAGCUGUUCCACGGCCUGCAGCCCCUGCUGGUGUCGGUGCUCACUGAUGCCGCGGCCAGCCCUUCCGCCCGGCUCCACUGUGCUUCUGCUCUGGGCUUGGGCUGCUACGUGGCUGCCGCUGACGUCCAGGACCUGCUCUCUUGCCUCACCUGCUUGGAAGGGGUUUUUAGCUGGUCUUGCGAUGCGGGCAGCUCCACAGCCCCUGCCAGCCUGCAUGGCCUGUUCCGUGCCACCCUGCAAGCCUGGGCAUUGCUACUCACCAUCUGCCCCAGCAGCCACAUCAGCCACAUCCUUGACAGGCAGCUGCCCCGGCUGCUCCAGCUCUUGUCCAGUGACACUGUGAACCUGCGGAUUGCCGCCGGCGAGACCAUCGCACUACUUUUUGAGCUCGCCCGGGACCUCGAGGUGAUCCCCACUCUGCCCCGCCAGCACCUGUACAACGCAGCCGCCUGCAAAGCGCGGACCAAGGCGCGCAGCCGCGUGCGGGAUAAGCGGGCAGACGUCCUGUGAGGAGACGCCACACCCUGCCCAGGUUUCUCACAGAAGACAGUGCAACAGCUGGUCCCUGCCAGAAAGUGUCGCUUUAUUUUUUUAAUGGCUAACCCAAAACCAGACGCGGGCUGGGUGGCUGGAGCCAGGCCACUUGGGACCCUGGCUCUCUGCCCCUGCACCCUGCCUGCCCUGUCUCAGUCAGGCCCGAUGCGCCCGUCCCGAGCUGUGCUCACCUGGCUCCCCUGGGGUGAACCACUUCCCUGAGGAGGGUGGGGUGGCAUCUGGACAAAUGUCACCACAACAGGUGGGGAGGGGAGGCCCCUGGCAUGGCUUUAUGUGCGGGUUUUUAAAGACUAUUAGAGGUAAUUAAACUGAGUGCGCAGCCUGCUGUG